AUGACUGCAACACAGCUUCCCAAAGAAACAAUGGAACUACUUCGCAAGAAGUACGAGCUCGAACGAGCCAAGCGUCUCAAGAAAGAAGGCAACAGCCAGUACAUCGAUGCUCGAUCAGAGAGUCUCCAGGACAUUAACAAAGAUCCUUGGGUGGACUACAACGAUGCUCGAGUCAAAAGCCCUCCUCUCAAAGAUGGCGAUAACAUCAAGUUCCUUAUCGCCGGAGCAGGAAUCAACGGCGUUGCCGACGCGGGACGCCUGAUUGAGGCUGGUUUUGACAAGAAGGAUGUUGUGUGCGUUGAUAUUGCGGGAGGCUUUGGUGGUGUUUGGUACUACAAUCGUUAUCCUGGAGCUAUGUGCGAUGUUGAAAGCUACUGCUACGUCCCGUUUCUCGAGGAAACGGGCUAUCAGCCUCGACAUAGGUACUCGUAUGGUCACGAGAUCCGAGGCCAGAUCGAACGAAGUGCAGAUCACUUUGGCAUUCAAGGGCAAUUUUGUACCAAGAUCGAUUCAACGAUUUGGGACGAGAACAAGAAGCUCUGGGUUGUCACUAUGACACGUACAGUUGGUCAACCCGCAAAGUCAGAGACCUUCACUGUGACCUCCGAGUUUGUCAUCCUGGCCGGCGGCUCCUUUCCCUUUCUAAAGGUCCCUAAGCUUCCUGGGUGGGAGGACUUUUGCAAUAAAAAGCAUGUCUUCCAUUCGGCCCGCUGGGACUACAACUACCCCGGUGGCACUCAAGAAAAGUCUGAUCUGGUGAAACUCCGAAGAAAGCGAGUUGCUAUUAUCGGCACCGGCGCAACUGGUAUCCAGAUUGUGCCUGAGCUGGCCAAAUGGGCUGACCACGUAUACGUUGUCCAGAGGACACCGUCGUACGUAGGAGUUCGAAAUCAAACUGAGAUCGAUGCGGAGACAUGGGCCGCUCUGACGAGCGACAAAGGAUGGCAAGCGAAGCGCAGGAUCAACUUUGAUGCAUACGUCAGCAACAGCAAAGGCUAUGGUCCUGAUAUAAUCAACGAUGGUUGGACGAAUACGCCAGGAUCUUCUGGCUUCCUCGGGUCCAAUUCGAAGGUUGUUGCUCCAAAUGAGGUCGAGCAACAUAUCAAGGACAUGUACGAGCUCGAUUUCCCGCGCACAGAGCUACUGCGCAAGCGCGUUGAUGAAAUCAUCGAGGACCCAGGUACCGCUGAGAAGUUGAAAGCGUGGUACGGUACAUGGUGCAAGCGCCCUUCGUUUCAUGACGACUACCUCCCGGCAUUCAACAGGUCGAACGUCACGCUGGUCGACACCGACGGGAAAGGCCUCGAUGGACUCACAGAGAACGGCAUCAUCUCUAACGGCAUCGAGCAUGAGAUCGACGCCCUCAUCCUCGCCACCGGAUUCACAAUGGGCAUGACUAUGGAUCCUUCCGAGAAGUCAGGCUUGACUAUCAAGGGACGCAACGGCCUCAACAUGAAGGACUAUUGGCAUUCUCCCGCCGCAGGAACACUUCUGGGUCUGGCUUUGCCUGGUUUUCCAAACAUGUUCAGCUAUUUGGGUCGUGGAGCUGGAGCCACCUGGAACUACACGUCUACUUUGGAAGCCCAGGCUGCCCUCAUCAUCAGCAUCGUAAAGCAAGCCCAGAAGCAGCAAGGCCCGAACCAGAAAGUUGUCAUAGAGGCUUCGCAGGAGGGUGAAAGGCACUAUGGCCUGGAAGUUGCCAAAACGAUGAAUUGGUAUAGCGUCGUGCCUACGUGCACACCCGGCUACUUCAACAACGAGGGCGCUGCGGCAUUCGCAAAGGCCCAGCCCAAGACCAAGGAACAACUUAUCAACGAGGGUAAGAAGGUGGCCUGGGGUGCUGGACCCGUCGAUUACAAGGAAAUGACGCAGGACUAUACGGCGCAAGGAAACCUUGAGGGAUUCACUGUGGAGGUAGUGGCUUAG